GUCAUUUCAUCUAUCUAACAUUUACGAGCCGGGAACCGAGUGAGACACCUGUUUCGAGCGUGGUACACAAAUGCAUAAAUAGUUUCAAAAUGAAACAUAUCAUUUUAAUUUUUACUUUGCUCGUGUGUUUUAAAUAUAAAGUGGAAUCUGUCAAUUUUCCUAAACCUCGAGUUUACGUGGUGACGCCUGCAACGCAUCAUUUUCAAAUCGACGAGGCUAAGACGGCUCCUUUUUACUAUCACAAAUGGAUGAGAAGAAUGGAUACAGGAACCAACGCGACUACAGCAGAAACUAUAACUACAACUACCACAGUCCCUCCGAAGGUUUUGACUCCGGAUCUUAUAUUUGCGGAAUUCGAAUCUGAUGGCAAAAUGCAUAAAUCUAUAAGGAAGUUAUUGGAGAAAGAAAAAGUGCCAAAGUCUACAUCUAUGAGCCCGAUAUACGUACCCGAAGAACAGGAUGAAGGAAGCCGAGUUGUAAACUAUGGAUUACCGGUUAAAGUUGAUAAUGAAAAGAACGAGAGGCAAGAGAACACUUCAAAAAUACGAACUACAUUCGACCGUGACUUCUACAACAAACCUCAAGUUCCGAUCUAUAUACCUCCUCGGACUUUGCCAUCAACAACAACAAUCUCAUCAACAACUUCCACAACCACGACUACCGAAUCCCCGGUCAGUGUUGAAAAUAUUUGGCACAUAAUUGAUAGUGAGAAAACUAAACAACAGUCUAAUGAUUGGAAAGAAUUGUCGUUUGAUGCAAAUUAUAAGGAUGAAGAAAAUGUGCCCAUAAACGAUAACGAUAAAUAUAAAAACGAUGAGGAUGAUCGUGAUGACAAAGAUCAGGAAGACGAAGAUAUUGAUGACAACUUUGCUUUACCAGGGUUUGCAACAAAUUCUGGAAACGGAGCAGAAAAUGAAUCUAGGGCCAUCCGAACUGAACAAAAUAUUAAAUUUCCCUAUAUAAAUCUGAAACCUUUUCAAAUGAAAUCAAAGAACAGCAAAGGAAGUAACAAGAAGAAACCAAAUACGUACACAAGCUUAGAUCAGAUAACAGACUUAAAGAAUCCUGUAAGAGGUGAAGUUCAGGACACCGGAUAUAAUGGACAGCAAAUUGAUCGUUACAAUCCUGCUCAGCCUUAUUUACCACACAAUGAAUAUGGCAGCAAGGUGUCAAAACAAUCAAGUCCUGUUGCAGUUCCGACAAGGACAACCUCUAACUUAGUUCCACCACCUCCUCCACCACCUAAAGUUUACGGUGAUAAUUUUCCAUCACCAGUUAGCUAUGAAUCAUUCCCACCCUAUGCACCCUCACCUCCAGACUUCGCCCCAGCGCCAGCACCACCAUCACAACAAUCACCACCUACUACAAUCGAACAGAGUAUAGAUGUCUCACCAAAUUUGGAUUCGGAUAGUGGCCCUCCUGAUACUUCUUCCCAAAUGGAUAUUGGAUAUCGUUAUAAACCCCCAACAGAUAGCGAUAGCCCUAUGAUCAAUAUGGGAUACGAGUAUAGUCCACCCGCACCUGCACCUCCAACAUCACAUUUUAUACCAACUAUUCCACCUCCAAAGAAACAAUUCAGUGGUUAUAAUUAUAAUAAGCCUGCAGCGACAGCUGUUAUUAUGCCACCAGUCGAUGAUACACCGGACUUUAAAGGGUACCAUUAUAAAAAACCUGAACCAGUAAGUGAUUACAUGCCUCCAAGUUACGGUGCUCAGCCAAGUUUUGAAUCACAUGAUCCAAAGCCACCUGCCCAUGAUUCUGAUUACCCGGAAUUGAUAUUUAAUAAGCCUCAUGGGGACACAAAUAUGCAUGACGACGGAAUGGGAAUGAUGCCCCCUCCACCAGACACGGACACUAAACCAGACAGUUAUGGCCCGCCUUCGGAUGAUCAUGGCUUUCCGCAUGACUUUCCUACAGAUUUUAAAUUUCACCACGACGUCGAUGAUCACGUCCACGACUUCCAUUUCCACCACGACGACCACACAACAACUACCACUGAAACACCACGUGUGAAUAGAUUCAGUUAUUAUUACCUAGGCAAGAAGCUGUACUAUCUGCCUUUGUAUUUCAGCGUAUAUUUCAUUGUUUACGUAGGUGCCUUAAUCAUCAAAGCUGUUUUGCGUCAUAAAAUUGUUUAUCCAAACAGCUGGAGGCCGAAUACCACCACCGCGACGUUCUUCACGAAACGAUCAGUAGACGAAUAUCUGUCCAACGACAAUUUACAUAACAUAACCCACAGAGUGACAAGGGCGCUGGCGGAAGCAGCAGAAAAAUACAUGGAUUCUAAGACCAAAACUGAUUAAAUGACGGAUAUAUAUUUUUUAAAUAAUGUAUAUAGUAGUAUGAUUAGCUGUUAACUAAUCGUUGCGGACUGGACAUAUUUAAUUGCUCAACUAGAUAUUAUUUUGUUAUUAUAAUUUAAAUUUUAAAUAUCGGUUCAU